AUGGUUUUGAACAAGAAACCUCGAAUCAAAGAUGCGGCUUUGCGCCGCUUUCUGUCUCUGGUUUUGAUUACUCUGCUAGGGGUGGCUCUGCUGGUUUUUCUCCUUAGAACGAAUUCAAUUGCCAUUUCAGCUACCCGUAAUUCGAGUGAGAUCGGUGAAAAUUUUGGAUUGACUUCUAACUACUCACAAGUUAGAGCAAAACUCAACCUUCCCAAACAGAAUGAGUUGUCAAUUUUGUUAGAAAAGCGAAACCAGUUGCCUCCAAGAAACAUGGAUUUAUAUCCGAAUCUAGCCAAAGAUCAUAUAGUCAUUGUUCUGUAUGUUCACAACCGGCCCCAGUAUCUCAAAGUAGUUGUUGAUAGCCUUUCUCAAGUGGUAGGGAUAAGUGAAACCCUACUGAUUGUUAGCCAUGAUGGAUAUUUUGAAGAGAUGAACAAGAUUGUGGAAGGUAUUAAAUUCUGCCAAGUGAAACAAAUUUUUGCCCCUUACUCGCCCCAUGUCUUUCCCAGUAGUUUUCCUGGUGUCUCACCAGCAGAUUGCAAGGAUAAGGACGAUUCUGUAAAGAAUCACUGUGAAGGAACUCCAGAUCAAUAUGGAAAUCACCGGUUGCCUAAAAUUGUGUCCUUGAAGCAUCACUGGUGGUGGAUGAUGAACACAGUGUGGGAUGGGUUAAAGGAGACUCGUUCACACUUGGGUCAUAUUCUUUUCAUAGAGGAGGAUCACUUCAUUUUUCCCAAUGCUUAUCGCAACUUGCAGUUACUUACGGAACUGAAACCACAAAAAUGUCCUAAUUGCUAUGCUGCAAAUCUGGCACCAUGUGAUGUGAAGUCAAGAGGAGAAGGGGGGGAGAGUUUGAUUGCCGAGAGAAUGGGGAAUGUGGGUUAUUCUUUCAAUCGGACUACAUGGAGGAAUAUACGUAAAAAGGCGAGAGAAUUUUGUUUUUUUGAUGAUUACAACUGGGAUAUAACAAUGUGGGUAACAGUUUAUCCUUCAUUUGGUGGUCCUGUUUACACACUUCGAGGGCCUAGGACUAGUGCUGUUCACUUUGGGAAAUGUGGUUUGCAUCAGGGCCAGGGGGAGAGGGCUGCUUGUGUUGAUAAUGGUGUCGUGAAGAUUGAAGUGCAGGAGAUAGAUAAGGUUCCCAACAUCAAAUCUGACUGGGGAGUACAUGUGCUCACGAAACAACAAGGAUAUGAAGCUGGCUUUAAGGGUUGGGGAGGCUGGGGAGAUAUAAGGGACCGCCAAUUGUGUUUGGAAUUUGCUAACAUGUAUCACCUGAGUUGA